GGUGAGGUCGGUGUAGCUAGGGCCGGGAUCCGCGCUGUGGGACGCGCCCCCGGCUGGACCCGGGGCUGAGGAGUCCCCGCGCGGAGGCCUGGCCUGACACGCAGUGGUACCGCCCCGCCUCCCCGACGCCACCGUUGCAGGAAGCCGGAAGCGGCGGGAAGAAGCUUUAGCUUGGCAGGGCCGGGCUGGAGACGCGCAUCGCGGUGCUGGGACGGGGUCCCUGCCUGCAGCUUGAAAAGAGAACCAACUAAUCGAGAGAGAACAUGCAGAGCACUUCCAAUUAUCUAUGGCUUUUAUCUGACGUUCUAGGACAAGGAGCCACUGCAAAUGUUUUUCGUGGACGACAUAAGAAAACGGGGGAUUUAUAUGCCGUCAAAGUAUUUAACAACAUAAGCUUCCUUCGUCCUGUGGAUGUUCAGAUGAGAGAAUUUGAAGUAUUAAAGAAACUGAAUCACAAGAACAUUGUCAAAUUGUUUGCUAUUGAAGAAGAGACAACCACUAGACACAAAGUACUUGUUAUGGAAUUUUGUCCAUGUGGGAGCUUAUACACUGUUUUAGAAGAGCCAUCUAAUGCCUAUGGGUUGCCAGAGUCUGAGUUCUUAAUUGUGCUGAGAGACGUGGUGGCUGGGAUGAAUCAUCUCAGAGAAAAUGGAAUAGUGCACCGUGACAUCAAACCAGGCAAUAUAAUGCGAGUUAUAGGUGAAGAUGGUCAGUCUGUUUACAAACUGACAGAUUUUGGAGCUGCUAGAGAGUUGGAAGAUGACGAACAGUUUGUUUCUCUCUAUGGCACAGAAGAAUAUUUGCAUCCUGAUAUGUAUGAGCGAGCAGUGUUGAGGAAGGAGCAUCAGAAGAAGUACGGAGCAACAGUUGAUCUGUGGAGCAUAGGAGUGACUUUUUAUCAUGCAGCAACAGGGAGUUUACCAUUCCGACCUUUUGAAGGGCCUCGCAGGAACAAGGAAGUGAUGUAUAAAAUUAUCACUGGAAAGCCUUCUGGUGCCAUAUCUGGAGUACAGAAAGCAGAAAAUGGACCAAUUGAAUGGAGUCGAGAUAUGCCUAUUUCCUGUAGUAUUUCUAAGGGCCUGCAAGUACUGCUCACGCCUGUUCUUGCAAACAUUCUUGAAGCAGAUCAGGAAAAAUGCUGGGGAUUUGACCAGUUUUUUGCAGAGACCAGUGACAUACUCCACCGAAGAAUAAUUCAUGUCUUUUCGCUACAGCAAAUGACCUCACACAAAGUUUAUAUUCACAACUAUAAUACAGCUGCCAUAUUUCAUGAAUUAGUCUACAAACAGACAAAAAUAACUUCUCAGAACCAAGAACUGAUAUACGAAGGCCGUCGUUUAGUACUAGAGCCUGGAAGAUUGGCACAACAUUUUCCCAAAACCACUGAAGAAAAUCCUAUAAUUAUAGUAAGCAGAGAGGCUGCGAACAUCGUAGGAUUAAUCUAUGAAGAAAUUUCACUUCCUAAAGUACAUCAGCGGUAUGACUUAGACAGUGAUGCCAGUAUGGCUAAAGCAGUAACAGGUGUUGUAUGCUAUGCCUGUAGAGUUGCCAAUGCUUUGCUGCUUUACCAGGAAUUAAUGCGAAAAGGAAUACGAUGGUUAAUUGAAAUAAUUAAGGAAGACUACAAUGAAACGGUGCACAAAAAGACAGAGGUUGUCAUCAAGUUGGAUUUCUGCAACAGGAACAUUGAGAUAGCUAGAAAAAUAUACGAGAAUCUGAUGCAGAUCCACUUGGAAACAGAAAUGGAUGAAAUUUCAGAGAUACAUACUAAACUAUUACUUCAGCUUUCUAGCUCUCGGGGAACAAUAGAGCCCAGUCUUCAGGACAUUGAAGAUAAACUGUCUCCUGGUGGAUUGCUGAGUGAUACCUGGGCAAAUCAGGAAGGCACACAUCCCAGAGACAGAAAUCCAGAAAAGCUACAAGUAUUGCUGAGUUCUAUCACAGAUAUUUAUUAUCAGUUCAAGAAAGACAAAGCAGAACGUAGACUUCCUUAUAAUGAGGAACAAAUCCACAAAUUUGACAAGCAGAAGCUGAAUUUACAUGCCACAAAAGCCAUAUCUCUGUUCAAAGAUGAAUGUGUCAGCAAGUAUGAGACAUUUUUGGACAAGGCAGAGGACUGGAUGAGAAAGAUGCUUCAUUUGAGGAAGCAGUUACUGACGAUCACCAGACAGUGUUUUGAUAUUGAAGAAGAGGUAUCCAAAUACCAGGACUAUAUAAAUGAGUUACAAGAAACUUUGCGACAGAAAACGUUUGCAGCUUCCACUGGGAUCAAACAUACAAUGAAUCCAAUCUAUCCAAGUUCAAACACUUUAGUGGAAAUGACUCUUGGUAUGAAGAAACUGAAGGAGGAAAUGGAAGGUGUUGUUAAAGAACUAGCUGAGAAUAACCACAUUUUAGAAAGAUUUGGUGCUUUGACUGUGGAUGGUGGCCUACGGAAUGUAGACUGUAUCUAGUCAACAAAGAAGCAUGAAAGGACUGUUCAUUUUUCACAAAAAAAAAAAAUGCUAUAAGGGGCAUUUAAAUGCAGAAAAACCAUUCUGUACAGCAAUUUUUUUCUGCAACUCUAGUAUAACAAAAGUAUGUAAAUAUGUAUAUACUGUAAAUAUAACCAUUAUAUCAGUCUCUUUUGUUAAUGUUAAAAUAGAAUUACUGAUAUGUUUUCUACAUUUUAUCCAUUUAAAGAACUCUGGCAAAGGCUUACAGCAUGCAUAAUGCUUAAAUAGACAUUCAUUGAAUGUUGAUUUUUAGGUCAUGAUUUACUUUUGUUUCUUGAAAGAGAACUUGUGGCUUGAACUAGCCUGCAUUUAGAGAAGUUAUUAAUAGUUUUUAAAGCCGUGGUUCCCAAACUUGGGGGGUGUGGAAUAAUGUUUGGGGGGCACAAAGCGGGGCACCACUACUUUAAAGGGCACCUGGGCUCCCCUUAAUACCAGUAUGUUAUUUCAGAACCUAGUCAAUGACUCAUCAUCAGCUACAGUACUUGAAUUAAGACCAUUUGAUCUUGUCUUUGCUUCUGUAAUUCAAUGUGAACAACAUGCACUUAGGACAAAGAGAGGAGAUACGUUUCUUCCCCCUUGUCUACCAAGUUAAUAGUUCACUUGUGAGUCAGAAAAUAAAUUCACAAGGUUUUUAGUCCUGUCCAUGUUGGAUGCCAUGUUCUCCAUGAUAAUCAUUUGGCUAAGUAUUAUGGGAGUUUAGUGUUGGAGUCCAUAAACCAUUUUCCAUCUUGCUUCAGUGCUUUUAACAUCAGCAAAACAACUAUUUUUUAAAAAUGUAAUUCUCAGAAAGAGACCAAAACCAACAAAGUACAAUAUCACAGCUUAUGACUAAUAAGACUUAUGACUAAUGUUAAACUUGCGAGAGAAAAUAUAAUAAUACUUUUUUACAUCUGUGGUACCCCAUACUGCAGGCUUCUGGCAUCUAACAAAAAUCAUUUGAAACCAAAAGCAGCUACUAAAUAGAAAAGUUAGCACAUUCAGAACCAGUAAGUGCACCCAGCCCAACCUCAAAUACAAAAUUAAUACUACACCCUGCUCCUCCAACACUGCACAACUCAGCCCAAAACAUGGAGAAGAAAACUAUCUGCUCCAAAACCUACGAAAUUAAAAAGGAAGCAGACAUCCCGAGUCUUGCCAUCUCCUGUAGUCUGCUGCAUAUUGUUGAGGAAGAGCAUUCAAGGAUCAUGGGCCUUCUGAAGCAACGGCCUCAUCCUUUCUCUUCUGAGACAAUGCCAGGGAUGUCCAACAGUUCCAUCUCUGCCAUUCCUAUUUCAUUUGCAACCAAAUGAAAAGCAGCCAGUACGUGUGUAAGACUCAGUUUUGUGAUGUUUAUUCCUUUGUCUUUCUGCCCCCAUCACAGUAUAGGAAUAAAAACAUUAAAAUGUAUUUUAUACUUAAAAUGGAAGUUAUGAAGUUGGUGUUUCUGGUUGGUUGCUCCAAUAUUAAAGCAGGACAUAUACACUGUUUUAUAGUCUCUGAUACUGGGUUCCUAUCCUUACCUGUUCAAAUAUAAUUUACCCCUACAUAUAGUAAAAGAUGUUCCUCAGCUUGCAAACUUUUUUUAAAAAAUUGCUCUCCAAAACCGGUGCAGCAAUUUUGUUGCCCCAAACAAGAAGAAGAAAAAAAUCCAUUUUUUCUGGUUUAGCCAUGUCAUUUAAAAGUGUUUACUGCGAAGUAUUUAAAUUAUGGGAAUAUUUUAGGGCCAGAUUGUGCUAGCAUUCACAUGAAUGUCAUUAAAUUUUAUGUGCAUAGAUGUUUGAAGGAUCAGGUCCUUAAAUUGUACAUAAAUGUAUAUUAGAAUCACUGAGAUUAUUUCUAUGCCUAUGUUAUUUUGUUCAUUAUUUUAAGAUAUUUUAACUUUGGAAAACAAAUUAUAUUGGCUGAAAGAUCAAAUUUUCAGAGAAAAGAGAAAUGUAAGAGGAAUAGAGGAGUCUUAUUUCUCUUACAUUGAAGCCGUCUGAAUGGGGAGAGUUAAUUGUUGUAAACACAGAGUUUGUAUGCCACAGUGUACAGUCGCUUACUAUUUUCACAAGGAUGAAAACGUUCAAUUUUUUUUCUAUCAUGUUGCUUCAUAACAUGUCACUUUAAAAAUACUGCUGGUUUUAGUCUUGUAAACCCACCACCAAUGUAUGUAGGCUUGUUAAAAUUGUUUUGAAAAAUAAUUUGUUACAUCUGGCUAAUGGACUUGAAGUAAUCAGUUAAGCAUAUUACUGAUUACUUUCUUAUGAAACUUCCCUUACUGGCUUUAGUCCUUGAUGCCUGGUGUGUCAUGAGAUUGGCUAUGUUUAUACCAACUGUCAUAAUAUUGUGAGUCCUUAAUAUGGAAAGUAAUAGGUUUGCCAAGACAGACAAUUGAUAGUACUAUGGGUUUUUCCCCCUCUGAAACAGAAUUACUACUUUAGAGUUAUAGUGUUAAGUAACUGAUUAAAGUAAUACAUUAGCAAGCCUGUCUACAUAUUAAUUGUAAAAUUGCAUGAGUGAAUGACUUGUAUACAUAAAUACAAUAUCAACAACUUA